AUGGAUUCUCAUCGGAAAAAGAAUGAUGAUAAUUAUUCGAUCUUAACAUUAAAUCAACCAAGAACAUCCUUAUCCACAACAUCGUCGAAUGUGUCUUUGUUGAUCACGCUACCUGAACCAUCAGGUAGAAAUGGGGAUCAUUCGAUGACUCGGCGUCGAUCAUUGCGCAAACCAUUCGAAUCGAAUGUUUCAUGUUAUUCAAACAUAUCAACUUCUUCGAUAAUGACAAUCGAAAAACCAAAUCAAUCGUUUUCGAAAUCGACCGGACAAGAAGCUCGACCGUUGGGCACUUGCGUACGACAAUGCAGUUACUGUCAACAGAUGAAACACAUUCUUCUCGCUGAAUGUACAGCAUGUUAUCGAAUGAUGGAUAUUGAUCUUAAAGAUUGUAAAUGUCAAACAUUUAUGAAUGGAAAUCCAAUCGAUCGAUUUUAUUGUUCUAUAUGCAAUACUCAAUUGACACUGAAUAGUUAUAUUAUUUGUGCUAAUCGAACGUGUCAGACAACAUUAUCUGGAUUAGUAAAUGAGACCAUUGCAGACAAAUCGAUUGUUUUGCUGAAUAUAACGAACGUUUCCUAUCCGAAUUCAGUCCAUAGGACAGUUGCUGUACAAGUCAACACGUUAAGGAAUUUGUCACCAUUGGAAAGACUUUUACCAACAAUUAUUGGUCUGGAAAAUGAGAAAACAUCGUCGAAUUCCUUCCAGUCAUUGAAUACCUAUCAUACAAGUGAUCUUGACGGUUCAUUAAAUAAGACUGAAACGAAGAUGAUGUUAGCGUACAAUUCAAAUCGACCAACUAAACAAACUGUCGGAUCGACUCAUGACCUACAACAAGUAUCUAAUUUCACGAAUGCUGGUAACACAGAUGUUGAAGCAAAUGCAACACCAAAGUCGCCGCAAUGUUUAGCGAUUAUGAGUGCUCGUAAACAUUGCAGUCGUCUGACCAGAUUACUUCCAUUUCAAACAAAUAAACUCUGUCAAACGGAAUUAACUUGCUUGAAAAACAUUAAUCCAAUAAUUGGACAUGGAGCAAUUUCGAGUACGAUUGUCAUACAGACCAAUAAUCCAGAACGACUCGAACGUCAAAUUCAGGUUGAUACCCUUACAGCAGAUACAUGCCGUUUAUAUGUAGAAAACCAUGCGCUAACAGAUGCUAUGAAUGAGGAAAAAAUUUACAAAGUACUUGCUGAUAGAGAUGGUAACUUAUCCAUUUUCCAAAGGAGCCUAGGUAAACAGAUUUCUGUAGGUCAACACUGGUCUGAAUUAGUCUGUCAACUAAUGAAAGAAUCAUCUCAAAUUUCACCUAGCGAAAUUGCACAACAACUACUUGAUACUGUACUUAAAUCGAUUGAACAAAGUCUAUUCAUUCAUCUUACUCUUUUUCAGAUUGAACGGUUGCACACCAACAGAAAAUUAAAUAAUAUACCAGUAGAUCAAUUACAACGUAGAAUACGUUAUGCUAUGUCAGAAUUCAAAUCGUUCGAUGAAGACUUACAUCGACAAAUCAAUCGGUCAACGACGAAAACUAAUCAUAAAACGUCCGAAUGUAGUGGUUGUAUGGAUAUGGCAGUAACAGUGAGACAAAUUCACCGACGCCAUGAUCGUGGGUCAACGGUAGCAACUCAUCCAAACUGGAAACGGUAUGUUGAUCGUCUAUUUGAACAAGGUCAUUCGUCGGAAGAAAUUGAACAAUUACUACGUAAAGCAGCAGCACCAGAAACAAUACAAAAUGACGAUCAACGUUUACAAGGUGUUUUUAAUUAUAUAAAUUCGAAAGAAAGACAAGAGAGAUUGAAAGCAGCACCAACAGGGAUUGAAUUUGUUGCAUCUCAAAGAAAGCCAAACUCAGUAGCAAGCUCAAUACCGCAGCCUACAAGAAUAACUAAAAGCGAAGAAGUAAUACCUAACAAUACUAUUGCAGAUAAACACAAGUCAACAGUUUCCACAAAUGUACUAACACAAAGUCAACAAGUUAAUGAUGUAAAACGAGAAAUCGCACCCAUUAUUAGAAACGCUAGCUCAAGUAAAUUGAGAAAAUCUGUAACUGUGAUCGCGACUGCUCACUAUGAACCUAAUGAGAGUUUAGCAACUAAUAUCAAACAGCUGGUUACAGUUAUGCAAUCAAAUAUGACCGAACUAGGUCAGAUGGAUCACGAAAAGAUUGAAAUUUUGAUGAUGCAGUCUGAAGAUAUAUUGAAUAAGCUGGAAGUUCUUUCCGAUCAACAAAGUAACUCUAUUUCAUCAACUGUUGAUGACAAAAGUACACAGAUUAACGAGAAUGUUGUUAAAAAUACCAUAUCUAAACCUCAAUCAGCAGAUUUACUACCAGAAACCACUCUUGAAGUAAAACCGCAAAGUCAUUCUAUGAAAACUCCAGAAAAUACUGGAUCUAUUCAAUGUCGACCGCUGCCGUAUAUGUUAUCGAGCGAGAAAAUAUCAACGGAAACAUUAAAACAGGUAUUGGUUGAAUCUGCGGAGCGAGAUCCGUUGACAAAAGACGACGAUCCCAAUGAUCAGCAUAAAACAAAAAUAACAUCCUCCCAAACCGAUGAUAAGUUACAUACGAAUGAAUCAGAGACGAAAUGGCUUAAUUCCUUACUUUCCAAAAUAUCAGAUCAUCCAAGUAAUACAACUGAUACUGUUUCCACUUCUCUAUCUCGGCCGAUUAUAAAUCAAACAAACAAUGAUGAUAAUAACAGAAAAGAGGAUGAAGUGGGCAUUUUAGAAGUUGUAAGCAAUGUCGAUAGAGUCAUCUUCAAUAAAGAACAUGUCGGCUCAAACAUCGCUCCUAAGCCAAAUUCAUCUAUAUCGCAUGAACCAUAUCAAAUGACUGAAUCAAAACUAAUUCAAAGAUUACCAAUGAUGUUUCCACAGGAAAUCCAAGGUACACAAGCCUCAUCAACAUCAAUUGAUGAGGAAAAAACGAACGAUAACGAUCGUGACGAACAUUCAGAUACACCCACGGCGUCUGCAAAGAUGUUUAAAGAAGGAAAAUCUUCGACAUUCGCCCAAUCAACAGUUGAUGAACGGACACCGCUAGAUCAAGCGCCUGUUGUGGCCCUACAACGAGCAUCAGAUACUAAAAAAGAUAUAAAAGCAUUACCUAUUCUGCCAUCAGAUAGUACUAUGACAAAUGAAACUCAUACCGAUGUUGAUCGAAUAGAUAGUGAAAAGUCAUCAAUUUCUGUUGAUACUAGAGAAGAUGAUAUUAUUAGAAAUACUCAGAGUACUAUUGAACCCGAACAACCAAGCGCAUCACUCGCUACUCUAGAUGCAUUUCAACCCUUCGAGAAAAGUAAUAGAAUCCAACUACCUGUCACAGUUCAACAAUUCAUUGUUCCUCAUAUGAUACAUUCGCGUUCUUCAUUCAUUCAUUUAAAUGAUUAUAUCAUCACUCAGGAGUCGAAGCCCAGAGAUGGACCUACAACGCACUCAACAGAAAAAUUAUCAGCUGAUCCUAAUGACGAAAAUAUCGAUGUAACAUCAGCCCUGAAUGAUCAAGAACGUCGACCUGCAAGCGAAAAAAUGAAUGGCACAGAUGUAGAUAAUAGUUUCAAGCUUUCGACAUCAUCAACAGUGUCUCGCAUUGUACAUCCAUCGAUGAAUAUCAUACUUUCUCCAGCUGAAAUUACUAGAAUUAUAAAUAAUGCAUCCAGAGUAUUCGCUACAUUGAUGUCUAACACACCCGAACCACUUUCAUCAUCUUCUUCAGAAUUUAGCCAAGUAUUUGAAUACGAUGAAUUUGGAAUGAAACCGAAAGAAACCUCAAAGGUUUCUACCGGAGAAAUAUCUGAGUCAGUAGUAUUGUCUCCGGAGACACCGUUCUUAAAUGAAGAGUCACAGUUUCAUCGUUCAACAUCCGAGGAGACCAAAGCUGCAAACAAUGAUGAUUCAGGAAAAGAUCUACAUCAUAAAUUCCCAGAUAAAUAUGAUUAUUCACUCUCUUCUAAGAAGAUAUCCAAUGAAUCGGAUUUCUCUAAUGACACUCUUUAUCAUCCUGCAAUCAAAACGAAAUCUAUCGACGAACAACCGACAACAGAGCUAUCAGUUAAGGAAAGGUACUCUCAGUCGAAAAUACUCGCCGAGGAUGUUCAAACCCCAUCUUCGUUAUCAUUUUCAUACACUUCUACUCUUAAUCAUACUGAUAAAGAACAACAUGACAAAGAUACUCAACCUACUGUUGAAGAUACAGUCUCCUCGUUAAGCAUAUCAAAUCACUAUCAAUUGUCAGAUCGAAUUCCUGUGACAGAUGCAAACAAAGUGAAGAGUCUCUCCAAGGAAAGCAUCGGCAUACCAGAAAAUGUGAAUAUAAAAUCAAAUAAAAGUGCUCACACGAGUCACGAUUCAGACGAACAUCGCCAAGAGGGAAGAUACCAAUUGGAACAUCUGAAAAAAUCGUUGAAAAAUGACCACGUGGACAAACUGAAAGAGAAUCUUCGUGAACAUGAUGACCAUACUCAUCAACAGAAAUCAGGUCAAGUGAAUUCCGGUUCUACGAUCAGGAAACAGCCAAUAAUGUCGACGGCAGCGGCAUCAUUCACUAAAAAAAUGGAAACAGAAGAUAGAAAUUUAAAAAGUCAGAACUCUGUGCCAGGAAAUCACAAUGAUAAAUCAACAUCAGAGUCCACAGUAAUAGAAUCAUCUGAAAGAACGCAAGAACGAGCUAGUCUUUCUUCGUUCAACCCUGCCAAAUUAAACACUUUCAUUCGGAAAAAUUUUCACGGAGAAAAACGACCGCCGGUAUCACUCAUGCCAAGACUCCUGUCAAAACGAUCUUCGAAGAAACCACCAUUAAGCAUUGUACAUUCAGCGAAACCAAAUCCAGUGAUAUCGGCUACAGAUCUUAGUAUCUCGUCAAAUGGUACACUUUCAACUGAUCACUUUCCAAGCACACAGUCGACUAUGUACGAUUCGAAUGAAAUCACUUCUGUGAGAAAACUCAAGAAAACAAACCAUUCUAAAGAUAGAAACACGAAAGCGCUGAAUUCUGAUCUUAAACGUAAGAUAUUCAAGAAAUCAUCUGCACUUCUCAAUUCCACCGAACGAUAUAAGAAAUUUCCGAAUAAAAAGCCAUUCACACAUUUCGAUUUUAUGCAUCAUACCGAAUUGAGUUCUGAUGGUUUAAUGUCAAGUCACGAAGAGACAAGUGAAAUCCUCAUCAUCGAUGAUCAAGAUGAUCGAGAAUUCGCGACAAAAUCCAACAAAAACAAGAUGCUCAAUGAAUCACGUUUCACGCCAUUCAAUUUGAAAGCACGUGGUGAUCAUCAAGCGAAUACGAUCGAUUCUUCGAAAUUGCCAAGUAUUGAACAAUCUUGUGGUGAACAUCAUAUGAGCAAACUAUCAAACCAUCUUAAACGGCAUCCGAUAAUUCGACUUCCCAUAAGUCAAAUCGAAAAAUUCGAUUGCGGUACCAUAGGACCUCAACAUCAUCCGUCAUCGCUGACCCGUCGACUAUUACAUCUACCAUCGAUUCAUGCAAAUGAACAGCAAACAAAAGAAUCUCUUACAGAUCGUUUCUAUCGCGUCAUGUCAUCGGAGAAGAACGAUGAUGCAUACGCAUUCGAAUCCAUUGUCAAUUGGCAGACUCGUCAUUCAGCAAAAACCGAACAGAAUAAAUUUCAGUACGUGUGUUUCGUAGAUCCAUCGACCGAAAACGCAAUUCGUGGUCGACAGUAUCCAAUCUUAAUGGAUGAAAUCGAUUUGAUCGACGAUCCAAAUGCAUGCACGAUUAUGAACAAAUGGGCAUUUGCCGAUGUUGUUAACACUGAACGAAGAAAAUAUGUUCAGGAAUCGAUUCCUAUCAAACAAACGAAUAAGAAUAUUAAAAUAUGUAUACGAAAACGACCACUGACACAGUUUGAAGAGAAUAUCUUCAAGGAAGUUGAUAUCAUUAGCAUAACCGACUCUCAAUCAUUAGUUCUUCAUAUUCCAUCGAUUACCGUUGACAAUCAAGUCUUCAUUCGAAAUCGAAAGUUCAAAUGCGAUCAGACAUUUAAUGAACAUUGUCAAAUUAAUACCAUUUAUCAAUCUACACUUUCUCCUUUACUCGACAAAGCACUAAAUGGUCACAAGUGCUUAUAUCUAAUCGGUGGUGGAAGAUAUUCGGGUAAAACUUCCCUUCUUCGUUCGCUGAUCGAUUUGUUAGCAUUUGAUUUAAUUCGUCUUUUAUCAUCUUCUGAUAUUUAUGUAAAACUUCUCGGCAUUUGUCAUAAUCGUAUUGUCGAUCUUUUACAACAUUGUUCUCCAAUACGAUUAAUGAAACUGAACCAAUGGAUCAUGAUACCAGAUGAAGAAUAUCAUUUGAAGACUGAUCAAGAUAUUGAUUAUAUUGUUUGUCAAGUAAAGAAACGUCGUCGAUAUAUGCACCAAUUAAUUCAGAUCAAUUUCUAUGAAAAAGAUCAUUCAACUGUAAUCGGAUCUCUUAUGAUUGUUCUUUUAGCUUCGUCCCAAUACAUUUACACACGAAAUUUAUGCUCGCAUCGUCGAAAAUUUCUGAUUAAUUCACUGAACAAAACGAUGUUAUCGUUCAAACGAGCAUUACUUGGCAUCCGACAACAUCCUGAUCAAAUUCGUGCAGCUUUUAACAAUGAUAUUUUAACACGAUUGAUACACCCGUAUGUAUUCGAUGCACAGUCGCAUAUUUGCUACGUGGGGGCACUAAAUCCAGGCCAUCGGCAUCGCAUGGCCACGAAAUCAACGCUUGAAUUCGCUCGGAAUCUCCGUUUUUGCCUUAAACGCACUCAUUGUCAACGACACAAACAUGAGAAAUUAUCGCAUGUAAAGAAUUCUAAUGAUAAUGACGACGAUGAUAAUAUAUUCUAA